AUGGCAAUUUAUGGUAAUAAAGAUGAUAUCGAAAUGGCAGUGAUGAACUCUGAACAUCAACCACUCCUUCAAUCUCAAUUGCAAAGAUCGGAAAAUCGGGCCCCAAUAUUCAAGAGGCUUAACGGAGAUCAAAAAUUGAAUCUUCUCAUAGUGCUGUUGAUUACCGUAAUGAUACUAGUCUACAUAUACCAUCUGUGCAUAUUUUUGAAAAAGAGAUUCUUCAAAUACGCAUUAACAUCCCCAUCAUCGAUUUCCUCCUCCACGUCAGAUACUUCAACAAAAUCUGCAUUGUCUACGUCAUCGGAUUCUUCAUCAUCAACGUAG